AAAACAAAUAAAAAAAGAAGAAUGAAAUCAGGGUCGUUGUCCGUUAAUGGCGUCCCCGCGAGCAUUACCGAGGUUUCACAGACGACGGUGUCCUCCAUCUCCUACGGCGGUUUCAGCUCGCUCUCCCCGUCUGCUUCCUACCCGUGACUCCUCUUCUCUCACCGGCGGCGUGUCUCCCCCCAAAGCUUCGAUGCUCAUCCGCCGAGCUGCUUUCCUUUUCACGCUCCUCACUCUUUCCGUUUUGAUGCUUUUCACUGUUACUGAUUCCGUCCGCUUCCUACGUUUCCCCUCCGCUUCCCAUUUCGUUCCCAUUUUCCCUUCCUAUCUCAAUUACGUUCCUUCUCCGGACCCAAUGCAACAUCUUGAAGAAACUUUGAGGAAUGCUUCUAUGGGGAAUAAGACUGUUAUUUUAACAACAUUGAAUGAUGCCUGGGCAAGUACCAAUUCGAUUGUUGACCUUUUCCUCGAGAGUUUUAUUCUUGGAGAGGGCACACAUUGGCUUUUGAACCAUUUGGUGAUUAUUGCCUUGGAUGAAAAGGCAUAUAAUCGCUGUCAAGUUAUACAUAAGCAUUGCUUUUCUCUUGUCACCGAGGAUGUUGAUUUUCAAGAGGAAGCAUUCUUUAUGACCCCUAACUACUUGAAGAUGAUGUGGAGAAGGAUUGAUUUCCUGCGUUCUGUGCUCGAGUUGGGUUAUAGUUUUGUUUUCACGGACGUUGAUAUCAUGUGGUUUAGGGAUCCAUUUCCACGGUUCUUUCCAGAUGCUGAUUUCCAGAUUGCAUGUGACCAUUUUUUAGGCAGUCCAGAUGAUCUGAGUAACAUGCCCAACGGGGGCUUUAACUAUGUAAAGUCUAAUAAUCGGUCAAUAGCAUUCUACAAAUUCUGGUAUGAUUCACAUGAAACUUAUCCCGGAUAUCAUGACCAGGAUGUUCUCAAUAGGAUCAAGCUUGAUCCUUUCAUCUCAGAUAUUGGGCUGAAGAUUAGAUUUUUGGAUACUGCUUAUUUUGGUGGUCUUUGUGAACGUAGUAAAGAUUUGAAUUUAGUAUGCACAAUGCAUGCGAAUUGCUGUUAUGGUAUGGAUAGCAAGCUUCAUGAUCUCAAAAUUAUGCUACAAGAUUGGAGAGCUUUCAUGUCAUUGCCACCAGAUCUGAAGAAUGAAUCUGUUAUCUCCUGGAGAGUUCCCCAGAACUGCAGUCUCGAUUCUUUACGCCAUUUUGAUUCACCGCCUUCAGAGGCGAUUGUUGAACAAGAAGAAGAACAAGAGGACGAAAAUUGAUUGGAAUUGUACGUAUCUUUAAAUCAUUUAUCGUCGAAAGACAUCGAGAUGGUAAGCUUUCUUCUUUCUUCUUUCUUUUUGUGUCUGUGAUUCUUCUCAGUUACACACGAGUUUGAUGAUAGUGACCUUAUACUUCCCAGUCGUUUUCAUUAGUUAGCAUAUCAGAAACACUAGCACUUUAUCUACUUGUUUACAGUUACUGGAUUUUGGUUUCUAGAGUCCAAUAAUGUCAUGUAGUCCUUUUCUUUUUAUACAAGGAUA